AUGGGAAACAAUCCAUCCUCCCAUCAUCCAUCAGCCAACUACAACAGCAGUCACUCAAGAACAAACCCAACCUCAUCAGCACCAGCCACUCCAACCGGAACGAACCAUCAAACACUCAACAACAACAACAACAACUCACCAUCAUCAUCAUCAACAGCAGCAGCAACAUCAGCAACAACUCAAGCAAUCCAACUACCACCACCUACCACGACCUUCGUCGAUGGUGGCUAUCUAUUCCCACUCUCUAACAUCUACCCUUCAUCACCACAGGAUUGGUUGCAUCCGAUCGUACAGCACCUCAUCCUCUCCCGUCGACUAGCACCAUUCUAUCGAGGCUUAGAGGACUGGGAGGAAGACUGGGAUCGUCAGAUGAUUGCACAUGCACUACAAUCUAUCACUCUCUCGAGGAUUAACUCAAUCAAACAGAUCCAGAAGAUCGAACGUCAAGAAUCUAUCGAACAACAGCAAACCACUGCUAAAUAUUCUUCUGGUUCGAUCAGCAGACGAUUCGCCAAGAACUUACUCCUCGAUCAUCCUUCUUCUUCUUCUUCUUCUUCUACAUCCUCCCCACAUCAAUCACUUAUCGGCUCUUCAACUCUAAAUCAAUCCGAAAGCAAUCAUAAUCAUAACGUCCGUCAUCAGAUCUUUGAAGCUAUCCUCAACUCACAGAUUCGGCCCAAUGAGAUCGAUCAAUACCUCUCUCAAACUGUCGAAUGUCCAAUCUGCUUCUUAUAUUACCCUCCAAACAUUAACUUGUCCAGGUGCUGCCAACAACCUAUUUGUACGGAAUGCUUUACUCAGAUCAAACGGACUGACCCAACGCCCCAGGAGAUCAAAAGUGAACCUGCUUGUUGUCCAUACUGCGUCGAGUCGAACUUUGGAGUGACCUAUGUGCCACCCGCGCUGGCCAAACGGACGGACUGGAGUUCACCAGAUCCCGUGAGUUCCACGGGCGACACAUUAGCGGUGCCCGUACCCACGAGUAAUCAAGGGACCAGUGGAACGACGACGGCGACGACCGGUUCUCAAUCGGCGCCCAGCCCGAGCGGGAUGAUGGGUGCCAACAUGCAGGAUGAGUCUGGGGAACCGACGGAGGGAGUAGUGGAGUCGACGAAGAUGAAACGACGACAGACGACUAGUCAUACCAGCACGGAGGUCGUCACCACCGACUCGAUCCAGCCCGACUGGCAGGCCAAACUCGAGGCCGUCAAGGCCGCCGUCCAACGUCGAGCUAAUCGGAGGAUCAUCUUCCGUCAGGAAGGCGACCGACUGAUCCCCGUCGGGAUCACCUCGUCUCGUGAUCCGAAUGGAUCGGCCUUCCUAGCCGCCUUCGAACAAGAUCACAAUUCAGGAACAUCGACAGUCAGUCGUCGUGGACUCAGCUCAUUGAUCGGAGGUAAUAGCAAUCAUAGCCCCAGUCCUAGUACUCAUUCUGGAAUCCAAGGUUCGGCAACUGGCACGGUCCGACGACAUCGGACUGAGAACUCGAAUUAUGGGGUCGAUCUAGAGGAGUUAAUGAUAAUGGAGGCGAUGCGAUUGAGUUUAGCGGAGGAGGAGGAACGGAAGAAGAAGGCGGCGAUAGAAGAGGAGAAGAUCAAGAAGAUGACGGAGACCAUGGACGAGUCUGGAGGGUCCGCUAAGCCAACGGCCAGUACCUCUGAUAGUCAAUCUAACAGUGGUAGCAUUAGUAGUAGUCCCUCGAAUCUUCUUCAUCCCAAGACUUCGUCUAGUACUCCAACACCGACUGGAAGAUCAGAUGGGAUCCAUUCUAAACCACCCACCCCCUCCUCUUUCGGCAACAACCAAGGAGGAACAAUCCCCACUGCAAGCCUCAUCGACCAUCCCAUCUCCAGCUCUCCCCACUCCUUCUCUCCUCUCGCAUCCGACUCGGCCAGAGAAAACCCUCCCCCUAUCCCUGCUCAUCCUUCCCUGAAACGUCCCACACCCUCUUCUUCCUCUUCUUCUGCGUCUAACCGGGCUUCUACUAACCCUUUCCUCUCGCUCAUUGAUCCUACACUCCCCUCUCUCGACCCCUGUCAAACCUCUAUCCUUAACCCCUUUUCUUCUUCUUCUUCUUCUUCUUCUAUUCCUAUCAACUCUGCUACUGCUACUUCUCUUCUUUCUAAUCCUAACCAUGAGCUUUCUCAUCUUCUCUCAUCUUCUCCUUCCGGCCCUCAACCAGUCUCGGAAUCUUCGCCUUCUUCUUCUCCUUUGGCUGGUCACCCGUCUUCGAACUCCACCAUCCCGUCUUCUGAUCCUGAUCCUUCUGCUUCUUCUUCUUUACCUCUUGAUCAUCAUACUUCUUAA